AUGGGAGCUGAUUACGUGGAGCCAGAUCUAGUCAUGACGCGCGACGGACAAUUAGUCGCACGACACGACAAUGAACUGGGGUUAACAACAGACGUUGCCCAGCACCCCGAAUUCGCCGAUCGCUAUAAGAAGAAGAUCAUUGACGGAAAAGAAAUGGAUGGCUGGUUCACGGAGGACUUCACUCUCUCCGAGUUGAAGACCCUUCGGGCCGUAGAACGUAUACCCGAAACAAGACCAGUUAUA